GGGGGUUCAGGCGCUGGAGAGCUCUUCCUCCCUCCCGCUACUGCUGGGGCUGCUCUGCCCCAGGCACCUGAUGCCGCUGGCAGAGUGGUGGGGCACGGCUCCAGCCCCCCAUCCCAAGGCAUGAUAGGCAGGUAGGGCAAAGCACCUUGGUGCAGGGCUGGAGACAAGAGGCCGGGCUCUCAAUGGGGGAGAGGGUGCCUGGGAUGCCUGGACUCUCCUGGAAAAUGCUCUGUGACCUUUGACUCCAUUUCCAUUGGCUGGCUGUUUGCCCCUUCCAGCAGAGGGCAGUGCGCAGCUGUCUGGCCUUUGGGGGGCACGAGCCCCCUCCAUUGCCUGCCAAGAGCAUGCCGCCUGGCUAGGCUGUGAGGUGGAAUGCACAGGGCUUGGCUCAGGAAAAUGCCGGGUAGGUGAGUCGUUGCUUCCUGGCCCCAGGCUUCCUGCAUUUCUUUCAAGUGGCUGUGCAGAGCUGCUGGGCCCCAGGCCAGGGUGAGCUCUGCUCUAUCACGGACUGUGCAGGGGACCUGGUGCGAGAGGCUGUGGUGAGCACUGGUGAAUCCUGCUAGGAGGUGUGUGUGCACAGGAGAUCGCCGUGGGGUGGGGGAUGCACAGAGAUCUCCCUGGGGGGUGCACACAGGGGUAUCACUGCUGCGCCCAAGGACUCUCCCCUGUGGUGCUGGUGGUUCCUGGAGGCCAGCUGAGCCUCCCUGCUAUAGUUAGCAGCAGUCCCUUUGCGACGCGUCACGCUCCGCUCAGGAGGCUAUUUCCAGCCUUGGCCAGCCUUCCAUUUCCCUCGCUGCGCGUGGCUGCCUGCCAGGGUUCACACAGCAGCUGGCAGGCGCUGACACCUGGGCUGAGGGGGUGGCCGUGGUGAGAUGGUGCUGCUCCGUGGCUCGGAGCCGGAGUUCCCAUGCGAUGUGUCUGGCUCUGGGAGUGUUUUACUCAUGCUUCUGCUUUGAGGGGUCGCAGUGCCCAGGAAUACCCGACCUGCCCUGCGGGGCUCAGCUCCGGCCUCUCAGCCUCCAUUCAGAGCCAGAGUGGUCAGAAGGGGCGUUGGGUCCACUGCUGAGCCAGGGUCUUUGGUGCUCAGCACGGUUUGCUAUGGAGUCCAACCCUUGUGUUUCCAGCCCUUCUGGCUGCAAAGCAGCCAAAGGGUUUUGCAUGGAACUGAGGCAGAGUUGUUGUCCUGAGUCUGCAGAGAGCCUGAAACAAUAGCUCUGAGUGUUGUGGCCUAAAUUAGGCAUUAACUCUGAACGCUAGUGAGGGCUGCUGGGCUAGAGAGCUCCGUGUUCUCCAGACACGGGCCUGUGGCCCAGUGGGGAGCUGCCAAUUUGCAAGUUGCUGAUUGUAUCCCUCUCGCGCCUCAGUUAGUACGAACUCCAACCUGAGUCUGCCGUGGAGGCCUCUGGCCUCAGCCCAGUGCUGCCAUGUCCAGGGCUGGCUGCAGCAGCAUGUGGGGGGGGUGGGGCUGCCCUUCCUGGAGCUUGGGCCUGGGUGAAAGUGACACGCAAAGGGCGUGAGAACAUGGGGUUAGGGUCUCACGUGCCCCGGUGUGCUGCCCCCUGCACCCGCAGUGCUGGAAGAAGCUCGGUGCUCAGAGAGACUAGGAGGUUUGGGAAGGGCAGGGGCACGUUCGGUGUGUGGGUGGGUCUGCAAACGGCUGCUGCGGGUGGCGGCGCUGCAGAGGAGAAGGCUCUCUUCACCCACAGCAGGAGGGGCUCAAAGUCUGGUGCACAGCACAGAAAGGGGAGUUUGGAAUGGGGUGCUGGGGGAGCCCAUUGCUCUGUGCCGCGGGGCCCUGCUCUACCCAUCCUGCUGGCACCCGGGGACGGUGGGCCGGAUGGGGGAAAGGGCUGAGCGUGGGGAGCUGUGCUGCCCCUACCUGGCACACAAGCCCACGGGUCCCUGCAGAGAGAGGGCACCUCCAGUCUGUGCUGCCCCCAUGUGCUCAGCAGGCAGAGCCCCCUGCUCUGGCUCCGCCCCACGCCCAUGACCUUGAUUUUCUGCUCUAGAUACUCCCUGCGACCCCACCCCUUCGGGAGGGAGCCAGCGAGAGAGGCUCCCCUUGACAGGCUGUGGGCAGAGGCUGUGAGUCAGCACUGCCCUUCCGAUUGGCAGGAGCCCCCUCUCUUCUCCCGGGAGCCGCAGUCACUUAGCGCCAGCUCCACGCAGGAAGCAGCAGCAAUUAGCAGCGGCUGCAGCAGCUCCCUCCCCAGCUUCUGGCAGCUGGGGAACCUCUGGCCGAGGCCGGCUGAACGCACCAGCUUCCUGAGCCCUGCCCGGCCGGAUCCACAGCACCUGGCCCUGCUCGGUCUCUGCCCUACUCCUCUUUGCGGCUUUGGGGCCCCAGGCCGUGGCUGGACACGUGCGCCAGCCACAUCUCUCCUUGCCCACGGGACCCCCGCCAAGCUCACAGAGGGGGCCUCGUCGGCUCCAGGCUGGUGCCCGGAGUGCAGCCAGGCUGGGCUGGAACACACUCUGUGGCUGCCUUGUCUCCGGACUUUAAAUAUUCAUGCCUUUGAUUUCCUGCUAGCUGGUGACGGGAGCUGGGCUGGUGCAGCAGGCUGGGAGUGCUGGCAGGGUGCGAGGCGCUGGACUGGACAAUGGUCUCUGGGCAGCACAGCUUGAGGAUCUCCUGACAGGAUAUGAACAAGCUGAGCUGUGGGAAGAAGACGCGGGUGGAAGGCGGCCAACUGGGGGGCGACGAAUGGACCCGCCACGGCAGCUUCGUCAAUAAGCCCACCCGUGGCUGGCUGCACCCCGACGACAAGGUCAUGGGCCCUGGUGUCUCCUAUCUCGUCAGGUACAUGGGCUGUGUGGAAGUUCUCCAGUCCAUGCGGGCGCUGGAUUUCAACACCAGGACUCAGGUAACCAGGGAGGCGAUCAGCCUGGUGUGCGAGGCAGUGCCCAGUGCCAAAGGAGCCGUCCGGAGGAGGAAGCCCUGCGGCCGCUCGCUGAACUCCAUCCUGGGGAAGAGCAACCUCAAGUUCGCCGGCAUGCCCAUCACCCUCACCAUCUCCACCAGCAGCCUCAACCUCAUGGCGUCCGACUGCAAACAGAUCAUCGCCAACCAUCACAUGCAGUCUAUCUCCUUCGCCUCCGGGGGGGACCCGGACACUGCAGAGUAUGUUGCCUAUGUUGCCAAAGACCCCGUCAAUCAGAGAGCCUGCCAUAUCCUGGAGUGCCCCGAGGGCCUGGCGCAGGACGUGAUCAGCACCAUUGGGCAGGCCUUUGAGCUGCGCUUCAAGCAGUACUUGAAAAACCCCCCAAAGCUCGUCACUCCGCACGACAGAAUGGCCGGGUUCGACGGCUCGGCCUGGGAUGAGGAGGAGGAAGAGCCAUCGGACCACCAGUACUACAACGACUUCCCCGGCAAAGAGCCGCCCCUGGGGGGCGUGGUGGACAUGCGGCUGCGUGACGGCGCCAGCGUGGCACCGACGCCCAAUCACCUGGGGGCAACACUGCCUGUGGGCCAGAUGUCCAGCGCAGAGCAUGACCCCCGGAAGCAGCAGCAUCCUGCCCAAGGAAGGGAUAAAUAUGCCUCCGGUGCUGUCCCAGCCAUCCGCACCGACCUGUUUGACGACCCGUCCUACGUCAACGUGCAGAACCUGGACAGGUUACGCCAGGCCUCUGCUGCCAGCAUCCCGGGCACGGCCAAUGGCAGUGCCCAGCGAGACCUCUUCGACAUGAAGCCCUUCGAGGACGCCCUGCGGGUCCCGCCCGCGGUGCCGGUGGGGCUGCCACCAGCCCAGCUCCUGGCCUCCAUGGAGGAGCAGCUGCGGCGGGAGCCCUGGUACCACGGGAAGAUGAGUCGCAAGGAGGCGGAGAAGCUGCUGAAGGUGAACGGGGACUUCCUGGUGCGGGAGAGCACUACCACACCGGGCCAGUACGUGCUGACCGGGCUGCAGGGCGGGCAGCCCAAGCACCUGCUGCUGGUUGACCCCGAGGGAGUGGUGCGGACGAAGGAUCAUCGCUUUGAGAGCGUCAGUCACCUGAUCAGCUACCACAUGGACAAUCACCUGCCCAUCAUCUCGGCGGGCAGCGAGCUGUGCCUGCAGCAGCCCGUAGAGAGGAGACUGUGAGGCGUGGGAGGCCUUGGUGGAGCCCCCUGGGCCCUGCUCACCCUGGCUUUCUCAUCCCCUCUCUGCCAGCAGGGCUCUUGGACUGUUUCAGCCACUGCUUGCCCAGGAGGCCCUGGGGCUCCCUGUCUCUCCGCCAUGAGCUCAGACUCCCUGGACUCACAACAGCCCCUCCGGAGACAGAGCAGAGGUGGAGGCGGCCAGGGGAGCCAGGGCUGGGUACUGGGCAGAGGGAGGGAGCCUGUUUCUGCAUCCAGGGAGCUGCACCAGCCACGGCUCCACCUCCUCGAGCACCAAAAUCCAGCCUGAGUGGCUGUGGGCACUGCUCCGAAGGCCAACUGCAACCACACGCCCUCGCCCUGUGUUCAUCCCCCCCCUCAGGCAGGGCGGGUGGGAGGGAGCCUGCCCUGACCUCUGAGUGCCUGCUGAGCCUCUGUGAGGAAGGUGAGGGUCAAUCCUAUUGGGUCAGAGGCCUGCCUGUCCGGAGGUUGCAGAGCACUCCUGGCCCCUGCCCUCCCCUGAGAGGCAGCUCACCCCCAGCAGGGAAGGGCUGGAUUCUCAUCUGCCAUUCCCCUGCAAUCCCUAGGGGCCAGCACCCAUGGGUGGCACCACCUGUGUGACCCCUUUGGGAGAGCCACUGCACCACAGAGCAGCGCCAUGGCUCCUGCUGCACAGGGCAAGAACAAGGGAGACUUUCCCCAGAGGGCGGGAGUGGAGGGCCCCCUGCCCUCCCCAGGAGAACCCAGCCCUCUGCUCCACGAAGCACAAGGCUGGGCCGGCCGCACACUGAAUGUACCCGAUCACUUUACGUAUUAACUCUGUGCCUUGACCCUCCACAGGUCCCAGAUACUUAUGCAAAGCAGUUGGCCCUGGGGCGGGCUAGGGAGAGCAGUCAGCCCACCCUAGCUGCUGGGGCAGUGCUGGGAGCACAGCCCCUGUCCUCACACAAGGCUCCACUGGCUCCCAGAGGCCACAGCCAGGCCCAGUCCCAUCCCAGCGUCCUGCUGGCUGGAAGCAGGGCUCAGGUGGCCCCUUCUGUAGCAGGCUGCUCACAGGCCCACUCCGUCCCGGAGGGCAACUCCUAGUCUGUGUCCAGGGAGUGGCACGGAUGGAAAUUAGAUGGGGUAAAUGGGGUUCUCCAUAGGAGAGCAAGAGCCCCUUGGCUCCCUGUCCUUGGUGGGUGGGUGGGGAACAGUGCUGUACACUACGUCCUGCUGCCCCUUGGGCAGGGUGUGACACAGCCAGUUCCCUGUACCCUAGCUCGGCCUGGGCCAACCACGCAGCCAAAGGAAGCACGUAGCACCCAACAAGAUCGCAGCCGGAAGGGGGAACCAGAGCUCCCCACAUCAGGGAACAAGUGGGUUGCUGAGGUCCCAGGGGGACAGGACAGCUAGCCUGAGCUCUGCUGUUUCUCUCCAGCCAGCGCUAAGCAGCAUCCGCUGGGAGCAUCCUUCUGGGCUUCCCAGGCUCUGCUGCAGUGGCAGGUGAGCCCUCCCCCUGCAGGGCAUGGAGCCUGUCCACCGCUGGGUCUGCACGAAGUGUGGGGAUCCCAGUGUUGCAUGCACAUUGUUAUACUCUGAAGCCAAAGUGUAACCCUCCCCCUCCCAUCUCCUGUUCCCCUCAGAGGAGUUAGCCUGGGCUCAGAGCGGGGGAGGGUUUUGCUUUCUCUCCUCCCUUCUCUCUUUCUCCUUUAUAUGGGUUUGAUUUGUUACCAGGUCUUGAUUAUACCAAAGGAAGGGGAUGGCUAUUAUUAAAGUUAGUAUUUCUUUAAUGCA